AUGUUGCCUGUUCAUGGAUCUAAUAGGCCCUUGGAAGAUGAACUGGUGAACCUCAGACGUCGAAUAAGCGCGAUAGAGGAACAACUGGUAUCGCCGAGUGCACACGACCGGGGCUCAAGAAUUCAGCCAUGGGGGGCCCAACAGGACUCGGUCCAAAACAGCCAGCACUUGGACAAUGUUCAGGAUCAAGCAUUAGCGCUGAACAAGUCAAGGCUCUACGGUCCAACGCACUGGUUGCACGGGGGCCAUGAGUUCAAGAGGGUGGCGGUUCUUAACAGAGACAAGGACCAAUCAGCGGAGGGAGAAGCAACAAGAGACGAAAAGGCCAAGCUUGAACGGCUGUUUCACCGUUGCAAGCAGCUAGCUCAAAAAAUAAAACACAAUGAUUCCGAAACAUCAAUUACAGAGUCGGUCUCGAGUCGAUUCCUGAACCGCAAAGGCUGGGCCGAUCAAAUGGCGCAGUUGUACGUAACCCGCUUCGAGUCGGCAUUUCGAAUCCUCCACAUUCCUUCAUUCUGGGCAGAAUAUGACGAGUUCUGGAAAAAUCCAGAAGAGGCACCAAUGGCGCUGCAGUGCAAGGUCAAGCUUGUAAUAGCAAUAGGGUCCAGCCUAUUUCGAGAUGCUACGGACGCUGACAACAUUAGACGGAGCCUCUCUCCGUGGGUUCAUGAAGCACAGACCUGGGUAUCUGGCCCCGUCAAGAAAGACCGGAUAAGCCUCAGCGGCCUUCAGGUACAAUGCCUGUUGAUUCUCGCUCGACAAGUUUUGUGCAUCGGAGCAGAUUUAGUAUGGAUAGCAGUCGGGACUCUUCUUCGUACUGCCAUGCACAUGGGCCUACAUCGCGACCCAUCACGCUUUAAAACAAUGACUGUCUUAGAGGCAGAGGUUCGUAGACGGCUAUGGGCCACAAUACUUGAAAUGAAUCUCCAGGCAUCACUCGACUCAGGAGCCCCGCUGGCAAUACCUGAUGACUUUGACACCUAUUGUCCUCGGAACGUUGAUGACCAAGACAUCAGCGAGAGGACCAAGACUCUCCCAUGUUAUGCAGAAAACACUGUGACGGAUACGUCCCUGCAACGGCUUUUGGGUAUAUAUUUUCAACCACGAUGUGAAAUCGUCCGUCGCAUGAACGAAGCUUGGUCCAGCUUCUCCCAAGACGAAGUUCAAUCGCUUACUUCAACCCUCAACAGGGCCUGCCGUGAAUGCAGCACCAGUAUUGCAGGCAGUAAUCACGGAGAUGCGAUCAAGUCCUUCAAGCACAACAUGGCUGAUCUGCUGCUUCGUCGCUUUUUGCUCGCUCUUCAUCGCCCCUUCGCCACUGCUUCCCGAGUUGGCGACGUUGGCUUUCAUUUCUCUAGAAGAGUGUGCCUCGAUUCAGCAAUGGCUUUGCUUUCGCCACCUGAUAGCCCUGAUUUCUAUCGUGUUGCAUCCAUGGGUGGCGGCAUUUUCAAGAACCGUAUUAUCCAUGCCUCUCUGGCCAUAUGUUCAGAUUUAAUUAUUGAUAUGGAGGAGCUCAACUCAAUGGAAUGGCCGUCUGGUUAUCGGAAAAUGCUCUUGGAUGCGCUUCGCGAAGCCGUGAAGCAGACAACUGAGCGGAUAAGGCUUGGUGAGACAAAUUUACGUUUGCAUAUGAAACUAAAUGUUGUUUUAUGCCGUGCCGAAUGCGCAGAAUCCGGUAGUGCUCGGCAGCUGAGGAUGAUUGAAGCAGCCCAAGAGAGUCUGAAGAUGGCAUAUGCUGUUAUGCAGUCUCGCUUGAGUGUGGUAGAAUGGAAACGGCUUGAAGAAGAACAGCCAGAGCGCAGUGAGCACGAUUGGCAAAACUUGGGUCUAAACGUCGAUGAGGAUUGGGAUGAGUCUUAUGAUAUGCCAGAUAUUGGACUUGAUGAGCUCCUUUGGCUUGGCCUAGACGAAGGUGGGAUGGCGACGUCACAUGGAGCAGAAUGAUAAUUUAGGUUACAAACCUUCCCCCUUUCUGUAUCUAAGCAGUCGUUUGUAAUGGAGUAGACACCUAACUCCGUGGAACAUUACAUGACCACACAACUUCCCUCUUUUCCGGAGAUAUGGUAUCAGCUACGCGCUGUUAAUUCAAGG